CGGGCCGGGCCGGGCCGCGCCCCCGGGCCCCGAGCAGGCCGGGGCACAGCGGCGGCGGGCACGGGCCGGCCAUGGUGGGGCUCAAGGAGGAGCUGCUCAAGUCCAUCUGGCACGCCUUCACCGCCCUCGACCUCGACCGCAGCGGGAAGGUCUCCAAGUCCCAGCUCAAGGUCCUCUCUCACAACUUGUGCACAGUGUUAAAUGUUCCCCAUGAUCCAGUGGCCUUGGAAGAGCACUUUAGGGACGAUGAUGAAGGGCCAGUUUCCAAUCAGGGUUACAUGCCUUACCUAAACAAAUUCAUCUUGGAAAAGGUUCAAGGAAACUUUGAUAAAGUUGAAUUCAACAGGAUGUGCUGGACUCUCUGUGCUAAAAAGAACCUCUCUAAAAGUCCUUUGCUGAUUAGUGAUGAAGACGCAUUUAAAGUGUGGGUUAUUUUUAACUUCUUGUCAGAGGACAAAUACCCUUUAAUCAUUGUACCUGAGGAGAUUGAAUAUUUACUUAAAAAAAUCACCGAAGCAAUGGGAGCAGGCUGGCAGCAAGAGCAGUUUGACCAUUACAAGAUUGCUCUCAACACCAGUCGAGAGGGUCUUUCUGCCUGGGAGCUGAUUGACCUCAUUGGAAGUGGGCAGUUCAGUAAAGGAAUGGACAGGCAGACAGUGUCCAUGGCAAUCAAUGAAGUCUUCAAUGAGCUGAUACUAGAUGUACUCAAGCAGGGCUACAUGCUGAAAAAAGGUCACAAACGGAAAAACUGGAUGGAACGAUGGUUUGUGCUAAAACCCAAUAUUAUUUCCUAUUAUGUAAGUGAAGAUUUAAAGGACAAGAAGGGAGACAUCAUACUGGAUGGCAACUGUUGUGUAGAGGCCUUGCCUGACAAAGAUGGAAAGAAAUGCCUUUUUCUCAUAAAAUGUCUUGAUAAAACCUUUGAGAUCAGUGCCUCUGAUAAAAAGAAGAAGCAGGAAUGGAUUCAAGCCAUCCAGACCACGGUGAGCCUGCUGCGGGCGGGGAGCCCUCCUCCCCACAAGGAAGCGCGCCAGAAACGGAAGGAGCUGCGCCAGAAGCUGCUGGCUGAGCAGGAGGAGCUGGAGCGGCAGAUGAAGGAGCUGCAGGCGGCCAACGAGAACAAGCAGAAGGAACUGGAGACCGUGCGGAAGCAACUGGAAGCAGCAGCUGCUCGUGCUGCUGAGGAGGAGAAGAAAAGACUUCAGACUCAAGUUGAAUUACAAGAUCGCUUCAGUUUGGAGCUGGAGAGAGAAAAAAUGGUGAGACAAAAAAUGGAAGAGCAGGUUGCUCAGAAAUCAUCUGAACUGGAACAGUAUUUACAAAGAGUACGUGAACUGGAAGAAAUGUAUAAACAGCUACAGGAAGCACUGGAGGAUGAGAAACAGGCACGCCAGGAUGAAGAGACUGUGAGGAAACUUCAGGCCAGAUUGCUGGAAGAGGAGACAGCAAAGAGAGCUGAACUGGAAAAAUGGCAUUUGCAGCAGCAACAGACCAUUCAGAUGACAGAAGCAGAGAAGCAAGAGCUGGAAAACCAGAGAAUGAUGAAGGAACAGGCUCUUCAAGUGGCCAUGCAGCAACUGAAGCAACUUGAAUUGGAAAGGAAAGAGGCCCUUGAGCAGUAUGAGGAGGUUAAGAAGAAGCUGGAAACGGCAGCUAAUAACACCAAGAGCUGGAAAGAUAAAGUAGCUCAUCAUGAGGGAUUGAUUCGACUAAUAGAGCCAGGCUCCAAGAAUCCUCACUUAAUCACAAACUGGGGCCCAGCUGCCUUCACUGAAGCUGAACUGGAGGAAAGACAAAGGAGCUGGAAAGGGAAGAAAGCCACUUCCGAGUGACGGUGGCAGCUGACAUGUGGCCAGGACAGGAGCCCACCUCCCCUCGUUCUGCUUUGCACAGAGCAGCCUCUCGCUUACAAAGUUUAGUUUGCUCAGCAGGUUGGGCCUUUCUGCUCAUGCAAUGCUGUUCACCAUGCUAGAGGGUCUGCUCAGAGCUCAGCCGUUGCAUGGGUGGUGUCUGACAGGAUGUGCUGUUUUCCCUCACUUUUCCAAGACUUUGCAACUGAAAAUUUGUAUUGAAGUGUAGCUUGUGACAGACAGAGUUGUUCCUAUACUAGCCUGUAACAAUCUGACAGCAGCUAACCAGUCAGGCAGCACCACUUUCAUUCCAGAAAGUGAGGGAAGCAGUUGUUUUGCUGGUUCUGUUUAGUGUAAUUUCAACCCAGGAUAAGUCAGUCCUGGAGAAUGGAGCAUUACCUUUCCUUCCAGCUUUUACUUUUGCUCUGCCCAUGUGUUGCUCUCUGCACAGUGCUUAGUGCUCAGACGCAUUCCCUUGGCAAGGUGGGGCUGGCAUCACUGGGUGCUUGGAUCUGGUAUCCUGUUUCCCUCUCUUUGUAGGAAUCGAAACAAAAGAGCUGGAGAUAGGCAUGUAGGGAACGCUGCUGUAAGACAUUUGGAAAAAGUAGUCAUGCAAAACUGUUUUUGUACUGUCUCAUACUUGAGAAGUGCUAAAUAAAGCCUUGAGAGUUCUCUUCAUAGUUUAAAAGAUGAAGUUUUGGCUCACAGAUUUCUGAAGCAGAUGAAUGGAAGGUGGUAGCGCACACAGGGCAAAUAUCGUCUGUGUCAAGGCUGUGUUUGUGCAAGAAAUCUGAAUCAUCCCACCAAUUUUAGAUGUAGGACUUUUCUCUUACUGUUAAUUGGAGGCCAGAUUAAAAAAAUGUAAGAAGAAAAUUUUUAAAUAAAAAUGAUAAAUAUGUAGUGAUACUGCUUUAGGAAAAAAAAAAAAAGGAAAAA